UCUCGAUCUUCACGUGUCUGUUUCUCUCUUCUCCUCCUCCUAUAUUUCUUUCGCUCCCUCCCUCGCGUCUGUUCUUCCUUCCUCCUUCCUUCCCCUGCUUCCCCCUUUGUUCUUCAUUUCCCUUCCCGUUUCCUGCCCCCUUUUUCCCUCUCUCCGUUUCGUUCCCGCCGGCGGCAAGCUAUUUCUUUCCCGACAGAGUUUCGGAAGAAGCCGUCUAUACUCGUUCCUAUCCGAACGACGCGCGCGGUUGGUUUCGAGGGCGAGAAGAGGUUUUACGAGGCGGGGCGACGGACUGAAAAGUAAUUAAAAAAAAUGGAGGGAAAGAAGCAGCAUCCGGGAUCGCAAUCGUCUUCAUCCUCUUCGUCGUUCACCUCCGAGCUGUUUGGCUCCAAGGAAUCCUCGUUAUCUUCUUCCUCUGGGAUUUUCGGUUCCAUAUUUGCGCCGUCCUCUAAGGUGCUGGGGAGGGAGUCGUUGCGCCCAGAGAGGAAGGAGGAUUCUUCUGCAAAACAUGGAGCACCAGAUUACAGUGCGAGAAGCCUUGAAGGUGAUAACCAGAACACAUCAUAUAGAGAUAUGAGCUCUAUUUAUGAAGAUCAGAGAGUACAGCCAUGCCACCUCAGUUCUUCAAUUUAUUAUGGUGGUCAGGAUGUUUAUCAUCACCCGCAAAGUAAUCAGAGCACUAAUAUCAACUCAACUUUCAAGAAAGAUGGCACUGAAGAUGAUUCCGGGGGUGCUUCAAGAGGGAAUUGGUGGCAGGGUUCGCUCUAUUACUAGACUAGACCCUAUGCCUCCACUUUUCCAUAUGCUCACCUCAACUAGGUAUGUGGUUCACGAAAACGCCCCUUUUGGUUUGCUGGUCCAAAAAUAGUAGUGGAUUUCGAUCUUUCAACCCAAAAUCCAGAAAGGAAGAAACCUUUUUGGGUGACGAUCUUAAUACUCCCAGAAUUGCUUCCUAUGAGAUGGUGAGACUGACUUUAGGAGAUGGAUGGUGCUUUUGCAGGGUAUAUAGACAAGUUAGCUUUUAGCAACAUUAUCUACCCUUCCGUUUAUGUGGAGGUUAGGUAUGAUAGAAGUCAGCUUGCAGCGGACAGCUGGUUUUAUUGCUCUGCCCCAGCCAAAGAAACUAAUAUCAUAUACAUUAUUAUCAUAUAUAUGCGUUGAAGAAUGGACUUACAUAGAGAAUAUUGCUAAGUUCUUAUAUAAGGUCUUUUCUGGUUUUGCUUUAACUUUUCAUCCUUUUGCUGUAAAGGUUCUUGAGCAGGCACCGUGCCUGGUGCCAUUGCCUAGCAUCAUUAUUAUACUACUAAAUAUUACUGUAAGCUAUAAAAGAACAGUUUGCUUUCAGGAUUACCAUGUCGAUAACUCAUAACUCCGUACUGUGGCCACGAGUGUUUGAGCAUGCAAAAUGAACUUCUUACAUUUCGUGGAUAUGGUUCUCUGGAUUACCACUCACCAGAGUGAUUGUAGAAUCAUGGAUGGUGGUGGGGGCAAAAGAGAGAGCUGAGAAUUAUUUUGAAAUCGUCAUGUGGUGUUGUCCUUUUUAUCCAUUGUCGUAUUGGAUGUAGCCUACCAUACCUAUCUAUCUACCUUAUCCCGAAAGAAGUCGUUUCGUUUGUGUGUCGAUAUCCGAAUCAGAAUUGUAGGUGGUGGCGGGUUGGUUUUGAUUGAUUCUCUUCUUCUUCUUCUAGUCCCCUCGUCGGCCAGUGCAGUCUUUUUCCAGUUUCGGUGGUGGUGGGGCUCUAAUGGGUCGUUAACGGUCGGUCCUUCCGUUGGCCGUUCUAGCAGAUAUUUAGGGAUGGUAAGGAAGUCGACAAUGCAUCUGCAACCACAUACGAG